AUGAGUUCAUGGGAUACAACACAGCCGUUAGCGGAAGCCGGCUGGUCGGCGGAAGCUAUCAUCGGAAUGCUGCUGAUGACUUCGCUGCUCACCAUCACCUUUGCUUUCUUUUCUCCAGGUAGCCAUUCUUCCGAUAUUCCGCUAGUGGGGAAGGAGGCAGGCGGUCAUGAAAAGCGGCGCACGAUGUACUUCGCAAAGGCAUCCAAGCUUUAUGAGGAAGGUUACCAGAAGUUCAAAUCGUCAGUGUGGCGUAUCACCGGUGCCGAUGGCGACAUCAUCAUGAUUCCGCUUCAACAUUGCGACGAUCUUCGGACGAUGCCGGAUGACACUGUCAACAACGUUCCUCUCUUGGAAGCCCUUUGCGAGACCAGAUGGACGGAUUACCAUCCAAUCAACCCCCUUUUACUCAACGUCAUCAAAUCAAACCUCACGCCGAGUCUCAGCAAGAUCUCCGUCACGCUUUCAGGCCAUAUCGAACGCAUCGUGCUGGACAACAUCGGUCCCUGUCCUGAAUGGAAGGAGGUAGUACUCUAUGAGAAACUACUAAAAAUGGUAGCUGUCAUAUCCGGCCGCGUCUUCAUUGGCCCCGAGCUUUGCCACAAAGAAGAGUAUCUAGAGGCCAGCACUAUGUUUGUCAUCGACCUCUUCCAGGCAGCGGCCAAGAUAAAGAGGUGGCCAAAGUUUUUGCGAUUCAUCGGCAAAAACUAUGUCCCUGAGAUCAAGAAGUUGGCUGAACACAGACGCCGCGCCGCCCAAGUCCUAAUCCCAGUCAUUGAAGCACGCAAAAGAUUGCACAAAGAAGAUACCGAGGUACCAGAGGACAUGCUGCAAUGGUUCAUUGUCAAAUCUAGCAAGUUUGGCAUGGGCAGGAAUGAGCAGCUCGCCGAAACGCAGCUCAGCUUGAGCGUCGUUGCUAUCCAUACCACCACAAUGGCAGCCACGCAUACAUUGUAUGAUAUUGCUGCACGAUGUCCCGGUGUCGUUCCCGCUCUCCGGAAAGAGGUUCAAUCUGUUCUAGCCGCCAAUGGGAACGAAUGGUCAACUAGCGCCCUCUUCCAGAUGAAGCUGCUCGACUCAGUCUUACGCGAGUCCCAACGUUUCAAUCCCGCCAGCUUAAUCAGCUUCAUGCGAACUAUCACAAAGCCAGUGACGCUUAAAGAUGGCACUCAGCUCCUACCUGGCACCAACAUCGCGGUGCCCAUGGUCGGCCCACUACAAGACAAUCUCUACUACACUGAAUCAACCCAAUUCGAUCCCUACCGCUUCGUGUCCAUCCGCAGCGAGGCCUGCAGCGAUCCAUUACAGUAUGCAAACAAGGAACAGUAUCAAUUCGUGUCAUCGACCAAGGAGAACAUGGCCUUUGGCUUUGGCCGCCACGCGUGUCCGGGCCGCUUUUUUGCUGCUACAGAGAUUAAGAUGCUCAUUGCGAGACUUCUUUUGGAAUACGAUAUUCGAAUGCCAGAUGGUGCCACGGAGCGGUAUAAGAAUAUCGUGAGAGGCGACAUGAUUGAACCGGAUCAUACGAAGACGAUUAUGUUGAGAAAAUGCACCUGA